GCCAGGCAUGGCGGCAGGCCGGGCUGACGUGCGGGCCGCUGGCCGUAUGGGGGUUUAUUUUGCUUUGGGCCGCUCCAGCCGCCGCCAUUAGAGGAGCCCGGGGAGCGGGGCGAGAGGUUCACCCCCUCUCACCCCCCCCCCCCGUACCCCCCCUCCCGCGCCGCAGUGGGAGCGCCCGCAGCCGCGGCAGCCCGCCGCGUUGGGAGAGACCAUGUCCUGAGCGGGGGGAGCGACGCCGCAGCCAGCGGGCCGGGGGGUGGGGGGGGGGCGGCGGCGCGGGGCGCAGGCGGCUUCCAGCAGCGAGCGGGUGCGUGAGGGACGGCUCCCGGCGGCCAGGAAUAGUUCUCUGCUUAGUGUCAUCCUUCGUGUUUGGCAAUCUGAGGAGAAGGCCUGGGCCAGCAUGAAGACAGAAUCCCCUCUUCAUUAGAGAAAAACUUUCCGCCUGCCGCAGUUCACUUCAAGCGGUGCACGAUGACAGAGCGUGGCAUUAAAUGGGCUUGUGAGUAUUGCACGUAUGAAAACUGGCCAUCUGCAAUCAAAUGCACCAUGUGUCGUGCUCAGAGACCUAGUGGAACAAUUAUCACAGAAGACCCAUUUAAAAGUGGUUCGAGUGACAUUGGGAGAGACUGGGAUCCUACAAGCACUGAAGGAGGGAGUAGUCCUUUGAUAUGUCCGGAUUCUAGUGCAAGACCAAGGGUUAAAUCAUCUUACACUAUGGAAAGUGCAAAUAAAUGGUCGUGCCACAUGUGCACGUACUUGAACUGGCCAAGAGCUAUAAGAUGUACUCAGUGCUUGUCUCAACGCAGGACCAGGAGUCCCACAGAGUCUCCUCAGUCGUCAGGUUCUGGUUCAAGACCAGUCCCUUUGUCUGUUGAUCCGUGUGAGGAAUAUAAUGACAGAAAUAAACUAAAUACAAGGGCUCAGCACUGGACUUGUUCUGUUUGUACAUAUGAAAACUGGGCGAAGGCCAGGAAAUGUGUUGUAUGUGAUCACCCCAGACCCAACAACAUAGAAGCAAUAGAACUGGCAGACACAGAAGAGGCUUCUUCCAUCAUAAACGAGCAAGACAGAGCUCGAUGGAGAGGAAGCUGUAGUAGUGGGAAUAGCCAAAGAAGAUCUCCACCUACAACCAAACGGGAAUCUGACGUGAAAAUGGACUUCCAAAGAAUUGAAUUGGCCGGAGCUGUUGGCAGCAAGGAAGAACUUGAAGUUGACUUCAAAAAGCUAAAGCAAAUAAAAAAUAGAAUGAAAAAGACUGACUGGCUCUUUCUAAAUGCUUGUGUCGGAGUUGUAGAAGGGGAUUUAGCUGCUGUUGAAGCUUACAAGUCAUCAGGAGGAGACAUUGCCCGGCAGCUGACCGCAGAUGAAGUGCGCCUCCUCAACCGCCCCUCUGCUUUUGAUGUGGGCUACACGCUGGUGCAUCUGGCCAUACGCUUCCAGAGGCAAGACAUGCUGGCAAUUCUGCUCACAGAGGUAUCCCAACAUGCAGCCAAGUGCAUUCCUGCCAUGGUGUGUCCAGAGGUCACAGAACAAAUUCGUCGUGAAAUUGCUGCAUCUCUUCAUCAGCGAAAGGGAGACUUUGCUUGCUAUUUUCUGACUGACCUUGUAACAUUUACAUUACCUGCAGACAUUGAAGACUUGCCACCCACAGUCCAAGAAAAGCUAUUUGACGAAGUACUUGAUAGAGAUGUUCAGAAAGAGCUAGAAGAGGAAUCUCCCAUUAUUAACUGGUCGCUGGAGCUGGGUACACGCUUGGACAGCCGGUUAUACGCACUUUGGAACCGCACUGCAGGGGACUGCCUGCUCGAUUCAGUGCUGCAGGCCACGUGGGGCAUCUACGACAAGGACUCAGUGCUGCGGAAGGCUCUUCACGACAGUUUACACGACUGCUCGCAUUGGUUCUACACACGCUGGAAAGAGUGGGAAUCGUGGUAUUCCCAAAGCUUUGGUUUACAUUUCUCAUUGCGAGAGGAACAGUGGCAGGAAGAUUGGGCAUUCAUACUCUCUCUUGCGAGUCAGCCUGGAGCGAGUUUGGAGCAGACACACAUUUUUGUACUUGCACAUAUUCUUAGAAGACCAAUUAUAGUUUAUGGAGUAAAAUACUAUAAGAGUUUCCGAGGAGAAACAUUAGGAUAUACCCGCUUUCAAGGUGUGUAUUUGCCUUUGUUAUGGGAACAGAGUUUUUGUUGGAAAAGUCCUAUUGCUCUGGGCUACACAAGGGGCCAUUUCUCUGCUCUGGUUGCCAUGGAGAACGAUGGUUAUGGCAAUCGUGGUGCUGGUGCUAACUUGAACACUGACGACGACGUUACUGUUACUUUUCUACCCUUGGUAGACAGCGAGAGGAAAUUAUUGCACAUUCACUUCCUUUCUGCUCAAGAGAUAGGGAAUGAGGAGCAGCAGGAAAAGCUGCUUCGGGAAUGGCUGGACUGCUGUGUGACAGAAGGAGGGGUCCUCGUGGCCAUGCAGAAAAGCUCUCGCAGGCGCAAUCAUCCGCUGGUCACCCAGAUGGUAGAGAAGUGGCUCGAUCGCUACCGACAGAUCCGCCCGUGUACAUCCCUUUCCGAUGGCGAGGAAGAUGAGGAUGAUGAUGAUGAAUGAAGAAAUGGAACAGAAAACGACCAGCACAGGGUGUCUGAGCCGGAGUUAGCGCUGUGCUCUAGCAGUUCGUUGUGGAACGACCCCCUUGGAGGGGAAACGUGCUGGCAAGGAUUUUUCUAACCAGCACGGAGAGAGUCUAAAGCUCAUCUGCUGCGUGAAGAGAGCGAAAUGGGCUGGACUACAGUUUGUAUAGAAACAAAACCCACCUAAUUUUAUUAUCAAGAUGGAAAAGAAAGAAACCUUUUUCUUUCUGAUUGUAAAUCUGUCUAUAAAUGUCCCGCAUGUGGUUGUGUAAGAGGUUGUGUAAUAGGAAGAGUAUACCAGCAUCUUAAUUAUUGCGACGAAAUCUUGCAAAGAAGGGCACUUAGGAAAGCACAUGGUAUAGAUGGAUCUCUUCCCUCCGAGGUUCUUUUGCCGUAGAACUUGGUAUUCUGCAUCACCGUUUAGAUACUCUGACCCGUUUCCUUUGACAGGCCCUUUGAUGUGAAAUCUCACUCGUGCCCAGGUCAGAUGGUGAGGUUUUCUCUUUUUGGUUUGCACAAAAUCUCCACAGCAAGUCCUAAGCAAAAAUCCGUUCAUUACUUUACUAAUCCCUUAGUUACUGCUGUGCCCAUAUAAUAAAGUCUAAACUCUACGGAACAAACUGGAAGAGAAGCUAAAUUUUUCCUUGAGUGAAAUGAUUUGUUUCCUGAAAAAGGUUUUGUUUUGGGUUUCUUUGCUUUUAUUUUUGUCUUUUCCUUCUAAUAGUGAAUAGGUUCCUUUCAGUAGACAUGAGAAUAUUUAUUCAGAGAAGUGACCUAAAAUAUGGGGAUUUUAUUCCAGUGAGCAUACACUAAACACAAAUGUGUGAAAUCGGAGAACUCGGACACGAUUUGAGUUUCAUGUUGUCAGAACUCCGUCUUGCUGUGAUACAGACUCUUUUCUCAUUUAAUCAUUUCUCCUUUCACCAACACAGACGUUGCUGCAAAUGAAAGAACACACCUUUCUGAAGGGUUACUCCUUGGUCAGGAAAUGUAGUGAGUGCACACUUGGCAGUUCUGAUUAAAAAAAGAAGAAUCUAUGCUAAAAGUUGUUUUUUAAAAGCACUGUGUUAUAUAUUUCUCAGUCUGUAAACCUGGGAAUUUCUUGCAUGUUGAUUGAUGUGGCCAUACUUAAACUUCUGUAAGUUCCUAAGAUUGUAAGUUCAGAGUAUAUUCUCCAAGUAGAAAUUUUAUUAUAUUUGAUAACUUUAGCCAUGUAACCUGUAAUGGAUAAAGUUUAUCUAAAACUCUCACUUCAAACACUAAAAGGUUAAUGCCAGUUUUUACACAGACAGUGCAAUUCAGGUUGGCUUGAAAAGCACUUUGGAUGGUGUGGUGGUUGACUAAGGAAUUUUGCCGUAGCUGAGAUUUGGUUUCAUUUAGAAUUUGGAAAGAAGCCCCAUAGCACCUAUUUUUAUGUAGUUCAGAGCUAUGGAAACCCUGAGGAACUUGCUGCUUUUUCUUCCAAAUGCUGCUUAGAUGGUGUUGAAAUGUGCACAACUCCUCCAGAAACUUGGUGACAACACCGAAAGUAUAGAGAUAAUGACGUACUGUAUUAACUUAGCAAUUGUCCCAUCGCAGAUUCCCUUUUGGUUUAUGAUGAAAUGUCUUCACCUCUUUUAUUUUUGGCCAUUAGAUCUCCUCUGAUGGGUGCAUGCACAAGUUUUCAGGUAGAAGAAUGCAUGCUUAUCUGCGAUGUACGUAUGAUCUACCCGAGCUGAACAGAGCCGCAGAUACUAAAGAGGUUCCUCACCAGCCUAUGGUCCUGUUUCAAGUUUGCUUUCUAAAUUGGUAUAUUUUUUUUCAUCCCCUUUCUUCCCUUGCAGUGAAAUCCCUUUAGACCUUGUCUAGCUGAGGAUGCAGAGAUUUUCUGUCGGGGGAGCUGAACAUGGAGUAAGCUGGGAUGAGAAUUCACAUGGUCUGAGCUGGUGGUGGUGUGGUACAACCCUGGAGGUCCUUCAGCUCAGGACUUAAGCAUGGCAGCUUUAGUUCUCACUCAGCAACCAGAUCACUGUGCAUUCAGAUCCGAGCUUACCCAAGCCCAGCUUCUCUGUGCAGACCAUUUGAAUGGGCAGCAGGAGAAGCUCCUGCCUUCAGUAGGCUCCUUCUAGGGGUGCACAAAACGCCGUGCAAAGUGUUAACAUCCCACCCCCCCUUUUGCUUUCUGUAGUACUGUUCAGUGGAAGGAAGUGAAGCUUCCUUGUAACAUGGGGAGAGUAACCAAUGUGAAAGCCUACCUUGAGCCAAUUCGAUGAGCACACCUCUCCUUACCUCCCGUUGCUGUAUGUGGGCAGCUGCGUUGUGGCUCAACCGUCCCCGUCCCCAUCCACCGCCGCACCAAGCAGAAGUUCACCGUGCAGCUGGUCCAGCUCUAUCUGAAAGCAUGCACCACACUCGCCUAGUUCUGGUCUGAGAGGACAAGUCCUGGUACUUCAGAGCUCUUGGCUUCCUUGAUCAUUAUUGUUUUGUUCUGAUGUGCUGUAAAAUGGUAUGUUCAGGUUUAACACGCUUCACAGGGCAUUUCGGAACUGGUGAAGUGUCUUUUACAGAAUCAAAGUAAUCCAAACCUCAUGUACCUGUAGAUUAAAGAAAGAGAUGCAAACCCCUGCUUUGUGCUA